AUUACAAUAUGAUUGAGCAAUCCCCUCCUUUUUCUUCUUAAACACCGUCUGCUUUGCUAAAUCUCAUUGUGUUUGCUAUCAUAGUGAAGUGCACCUCAUAAUAAGGGAGGAGACCUCCCACACAUAGGAAUUUGCGGCUUUCCUUUACCAACAACAUACAUUCGAGUUUUUGGCAGUAAUUUAGCGUUUGGAAAACGGAAGAAACAUCUUUAUAUAAUCAAGGAAUCGCUAAAUGUUGUCUGGAAGCCUCGUUCGAAAUGUGCGCCGUGGUUUCGCUGUAACGAAGUCGUUACAGGUUUCUGGCGGUACAAUCACAGCUAAGCGUGCCAAUCUGUACCCUUUAAUUAGCAGCAUGGCCCGAUCUUAUGCCACCAAAAAAGAAUAUCCCCCUUACACAAUCCUGAAUAUGCCAGCUUUGUCUCCUACUAUGACUGCUGGUAAUAUUGGAGCAUAUCAGAAAAGCGUUGGAGACAAAAUUGAGCCUGGUGAUGUGUUGUGCGAAAUCGAGACUGAUAAGGCACAAAUGGACUUUGAACAACAAGAUGAAGGUUAUUUGGCUAAAAUUUUGGUCGAGACAGGUGCUAAGGAUGUCCCUGUCGGUAAGCCUGUUGCCGUUACCGUAGAAAAUGCGGAUGAUGUAGAAGCCUUUGGUGAUUUUAGCAUUGAAGCUGCUGCUCCUGAAGCUCCUGAAGCUCCUAAAGAAGAACCCAAGGCUGAAAAGGUUGAAGCUACUCCUCAACCCGAAGCUUCGGAGGCUGAGACGAGUGAAGCUGUUAAUGUUAAAGAUGGCCGUAUCUUCGCAUCUCCUAUUGCCAAGAAAUUGGCAGAGGAAAAGGGUGUCAACUUGUCUCAAAUUCGCGGAUCUGGUCCUAAUGGCCGUAUUAUUAAGGUCGAUGUCGAAAACUUUAAACCAGCUCAACCUGCCGCUCCCUCUAAUAAAGCUGCUGCUGCUGCUACUACACCAGCUGCUUCUGCCAAGGACGCUUCUGCCGCCGGUACCUUUGAAGAUUUGCCCUUGAGCAACAUGCGCAAGAUUAUUGCUUCUCGCCUCACUGAAAGUAAGCAAGUUAACCCCCAUUACUAUGUAAGCGUUGCCAUUGAUGCCGAAAAGAUUGUUCGCCUUCGCGCUGCUCUCAACUCUAUGGCUGAUGGCCGUUAUAAGCUUUCUGUUAAUGACCUCGUUAUUAAAGCUGUCACUGCUGCUUUGAGAGAAGUACCUGAAGUUAAUUCCGCUUGGAUGGGUGAGUUUAUUCGUCAAUAUAAGAACGUAGACAUUUCUAUGGCCGUUGCUACUCCUUCUGGCUUAGUUACUCCCGUCAUCCGUAAUGCUCAAGGCCUUGGUCUUCGUGAAAUUUCGAACAUGGCUAAGGAUUACGGCCAGCGUGCUCGCAUCAACAAAUUGAAGCCUGAGGAGUACCAAGGUGGUACUUUCACAAUCUCCAACUUGGGCAUGUUCCCCGUUGAUCAAUUUACAGCCAUUAUCAACCCUCCUCAAGCUGGUAUCUUGGCUGUGGGUACUGUUAAUGAAACUGUUGUUCCUGACAAGACUUCUGAGAAGGGCUUCAAGAUUGCCCCUAUCAUGAAGUGCACUUUGAGCGCUGAUCAUCGUGUUGUUGAUGGCGCUAUGGCUGCUCGUUUCACCACUGCUCUUAAAAAGAUCAUGGAAAAUCCUUUAGAGCUUUUGCUUUAAGUAACGUCGUUCAUUUCAAUUUACAGAAUUUGAAUUCAGUUUUUUAAUUUAAAUCUUGUUGGUGACUAAUAUGAUUCCUUGGGUGUGUUUUUUCCUUCAUAUUCAAAUCGUUAAAACCAAACGUAGUACCAUUACUAAAGAAU